AUGGUCCGCAACAUUGUCGUCCUCGGUGGUAACUCCCACCCCGAGUUGGUGGAGAGCGUCUGUGGCAUUCUCGGCCUGCCCGCCUGCAGCAGAAUCCUGACCAAGUUCUCCUCUGGCGAAAGUCGCUGCGAGAUUCAGGAUUCCGUGCGUGGAAAGGAUGUCUACAUUAUUCAGACUGGCUUCGGUGGCAACGGCAGCAGGCUCAAUGACCACUUCAUGGACCUCUGCAUCAUGAUCUCUGCCUGCAAGACUGGUUCUGCGCGCAGGGUCACCGCCGUCCUUCCCUUGUUCCCCUACUCGAGGCAACCCGACUUGCCCUACAACAAGGCCGGCGCUCCGUUGUACAAGGCGCCCACCCCCAACGGCGAGAACGGCAAGAAGGAGUACACUUUCGACAGUGUCCCUCCCACCCCCGGCCCCGGCGUGCCCAAGACUUCCGGCCUCAUCAAUGGCUCCGACAUCGCCAACCAGAUGAUCAAGAACGCCCUGACAAACGGCAGCUCCAAGGAGCAGUAUACUACCCAUGACUAUGAGAACCUUUCUAUUGUCAACGGUUUCCAGGCCAAGCCCGGUUACAAGCAGUGGGUUGCGCAGGCGGGUACCCUUGUGGCCAACCUUUUGACCUGCGCUGGCUGCGAUCAUGUCAUCACCAUGGAUCUCCACGACCCUCAAGUCCAAGGAUUCUUCGAUGUCCCUGUCGAUAACCUCUACGGACAACCGCUUCUCAAGCGCUACAUCCAGCAGCACAUUCCUAACUGGAAGGAUGCCGUCAUCAUCAGCCCUGAUGCCGGUGGCGCCAAGCGCGCGACUGCCAUUGCGGACAGCUUGGGCAUGGAGUUCGCCCUUAUUCACAAGGAGCGCCGUCCUACCAAGAUCACCGAUCGCCAGAACGCUAGCAUGAUGCUCGUGGGUAACGUUACUGACCGCGUUUGCAUUUUGCUCGACGAUAUUGCCGAUACCGGCAACACCAUCACCAGAGCUGCCAAGCUCCUUAAGAAGGAGGGCGCCACCACCAUCUACUCCCUGUUGACUCACGGUGUCUUCAGCGGUGACGCUAUCAACCGCGUCAAGGCUUCGGCGAUUGACAAGUUGGUCGUUACCAACUCUGUUCCCCAGGACGAGCACAAGAAGCAGCUUGGAUCCAAGCUUGACGUCUUGGACAUCUCCCCUAUUUUCGCCGAGGCGAUCCGCCGCGUCCACCACGGUGAAUCGAUCAGCGUACUCUUCAACUACGAGUAA